UUCUGACUUUCCUCUAAUGCGGUCAGGUUGGCUCUAAACCAUUAGCAAUCCCUGGUGCGUACCGCCGAUCUGUUGAUCAUGUGCAUUCUGACAGGCUCGGGACACGCUAUACAAUCUGGUUUACGCACUGUUGCCGUUAAAGGCGCAGGUAUUAAGAAUGGCCGGGAUCCCUUCGAUGCUGCCGGAAGAGCAGUGCCUUGACCAGUCUGCUCUCCGAUUGCAUCGUCGUUACACCUGGGUCGUUUGUCACAAUGGAGUUCCACGAGAGCAAAGACAACGGUCUCGACAUCUCGACAUCAUGGGAGGAAUGCAAAGAUGCUUCCUUUGUCGAAUCAAAAACGACUGACCCGGUAAUGGCGCUCAACGAGCAGGAGCGACUAGUUGAGAAGAAGUUGCUUCACAAGAUUGAUUUUCUAAUCAUGCCUCUGGUCAUCCUGGUCUAUAUCCUGAACUUCCUCGACCGGAGCAACUUUGCAGCUGCGAAAUUGCAGGGUCUGCCAGAAGAUCUCAACUUGACCUCAAAUGAUUACCAAAUCGCCCUCAGCAUCUUAUAUGUCGGCUACAUUCUCAUGCAAGUGCCGUCGAAUGCGCUUCUCAAUCUUUCAGGCCGACCCUCCUUGUACAUUGGAUCAUGUACCGUCCUCUGGGGACUUGUUUCAUUACUCACCUCUCUCGUGAAGGAUUACACGGGCAUCGUAGUUGCUCGCUUCUUUCUUGGAGUCGUGGAAGCUCCGUUCUUUUGCGGUGUCUUGUUCUACCUCUCCUGCUGGUACACGCGGGCGGAGCUGAGCUUACGUAUGACCAUCUUCUUCGCUGGCUCCUUGCUGUCAAACGCAUUUGGUGGCCUCGUCGCCGCAGGAAUUCUCAGCGGUCUCAACAAUGCGCGAGGGCUGCAUGCCUGGCAAUGGCUCUACAUCGUUGAAGGCUCGGUGACUAUUGCGGUCGGGAUCGUCAUUGUGCUUGUGCUCCCGGACUUGCCUGAGAACUGGAAGGCGCUCUCUCCAGAAAUGAAAAGCGUCGCUGUCAGGCGUAUCACGCUCGACGGCACAGAAGCAGAUGCUCCUGGGACGGAGCCAAUGAGCCAGUGGCAAGGGAUCAAGCUCGCGUUCACUGAUCCCAAGACAUACAUUCUAGCCGGAAUCUAUCACGGCGUCGUUGGCAUGGCUGCAAUCUCCAACUUUUUCCCGACUUUGACGGAAAGUCUGGGCUUCGGCCGAGUCAUCAGUCUAUUACUCGUGGCGCCGCCAUUUGUCCUAAUUACAGCGAUUGCCUUGAUGUACGGCUUCAUCUCUGAUCGAAAGGGCGUCAGAUUCUGGUUCUUCGUCUGUCCAGUGCCGGUCGUGAUCAUCGGAGCAUUGCUGUUCAUGUUUACGGACAGUUUUGGUGCUCGAUACUUCAGUCUCUUCCUACUUGUGUUCAUUUACACAAUGUCCGGGAUCAUCUAUGCAUGGAUGGCAAGCUCAAUCCCGCGACCACGUGCGAAGAGAGCAGUGGCACUGGCAUUCAUUAAUUGCUUUGGCAACAUAGCUUCCGCUUGGACACCGUUCAUCUACACGGCCGAGUCUGCGCCUCAUUUUCGACUUGCAAUGGGAGUCAACAUCGGCCUGAUCAGCAGUGCGGCCAUAUUGGCUGUGGUCUUGAAGUUAGUCCUAGAGAAGGAGAAUCGCCAAUUGGCUAUCAUGGACGGCAGCAAUGGCAAAGAAUUGUCCGAGCGUGAUCUGGCGAACUUGGAGAGGAUGGCACGAUUGGAGGGGAUCAGUCCGACCCAGGCGAAACAGCAGUGGAGCAAUUUUCGAUACACGAUCUAAGAGUUCAACAGGUACAAGCAUAAACAUAGACAA